CCGCCGCCGCUCCUCGGGGAAUGCGAGCGGGAAGCGGGGGCGGCGGCCGCCCGGCACCGGCGGCGCACGGAGGAGCAGGUCCAGCAGGAGCAAAGGAACCACGCCACGGAACCUGUGAUAGAUGACUAUAAAAAGAUGGGGACUCUCUUUGGCGAACUAAACAAAAGCCUUAUCAGGAUAGGCUUCACAAGGAUGUACUUUGGAGAACGGAUAGUAGAACCCGUAAUAAUUAUAUUCUUCUGGGUUAUGCUCUGGUUUCUUGGCCUACAAGCUCUUGGACUGGUGGCUGUUCUGUGCCUUGUCAUUAUUUAUGUACAACAGUAAAAUUUUAUAGAUACUAUUUGGAUUACGUAUUUCAACACUGUCACAAUGUCAGUGGAUUUAYGUGUUUAUGUAAAUGGGUGAUAUAUCAAAAGUUGCAAUGCUUCAGAUUGCUGAACUUCCAAUGGGGACUAAAAUUAUGCAUUUUAAGCCAAAUCAACAGUGCCCUACUACAUCUUUGGGGGGGAAAAAAGGAGACAUUUGUAAUACAAUAUUGUGAAAUGUACUGUUUUCUGCACUCUGGGGACUUUUCAUUUUCUCCUGUCCCCAUGUUCUUGCUUUGUAUAGUGAAAAUUUCAUGUCUGGUUUUAAGAGGACACUUGAUGUGAGUGUUCUGUUUCGCUGUUGGGGGGGCUCAUGUGCUGUUUGUUCCCUGAAUGUGCACAAUUUGGUGGUGUUUUGCUGAAAAGCUAAUUCUGCACAAGGGAGGUUUGGUAACGAACCUGCAAAUGGGAAACAUUUGUYGGAUUAAUACAAUUUCCCGACACAAAAGCAGCUUUGAUUAGUUUAGUUUAUAGUGAGCUCUCCCCCAGGAAACAAGCWAUACCCACAAAAUGCUCUUACACUAAUAUCAGUGACUGCACACAAGACUCCAGCUGUUGUUUAGGAGAAAUUACAGUUCUGCAUUGGCCAAGUGGUCUAAUGUAGCUCUGCCUUGUUUUUUGGAAAUGUACUCAGCUCCUGCUGCUGUUUUUCUUUCUUUAUUUUUUGUACUUGCUCUUUCCCCCAGCCCUCCUUCUUUAAGAUAAAUAUUUGGAUAAUUCAUGGAGUUUGUAGGUAGUUCCAGCUGCAGUGUUGGAGGGCUGCCAUUCCAGACGGCAGUGCCUGAAUGUUGUCUGCUUCCUCUGGGUGGUGUGAGRAGCAGCUGAACAACCAGAUAUGGGAUCAGAUCUCUUAAUGCUUCCCACUUUGCUGCAGUGUGGGUCCACACGAGCCCAGGCUUUGUGCAUGGAAGCAAACUGGACCUGUUUCCUCAGCUGAGGAAUGUUGUUGAAAGCAGGUGGUAUUUUUAUUUAGUAGUCUUAACUGGUUCCUUUCCAUCCUAGGCAACUAAAAUACCUACAUAUAUGYCAUGGGCCACACAACCUAGAGAAUAGGUUAUGUACAUUCAGGAGUGGGUGCAAAAUUCACUUGGCUCCCCAGGGAUGUACUGGAUAUUUCCAAGUUAAAUGCGCUCAUUUCUCAUGAAGAGAAACAGAAAAAAGACUUCUGCUUUACUACUACAGCUAAACAGGCUACCUAUUUAAUAUUUACUGUGCAUUAUUUCUAGUAAGAAACUUAACUGCAAAAUUGGCUUCAUCUGUGGUACAGUGAAAUUAUGUAUUUGCUUAAAGAAAUGUAAUAGGAGAUGUGAAAUUUACAGAAAAUUACUUAACCUUUUGCAGUGACUUUUUUCUUAAAUGUUUUUACAGCAAUAAAUUAGUUGAAAAUGUUGUCUUAUUUAAAGACUUUUGAAAUUAAGAAAGGUUUCUCUAUAGUCCCAGUCCUGCAUCUGGGUUCUCAAGAGCAACUUUAUGCCUGGAUCAUGUUGCCUGCUAGGCUCUAUUUCCAGGACCUCUGGCCCCAGUCCUUAUGGACUUUCCUGUUAGGGAAAUAAUUGUUAUUUAGAGCAGUGAACAUGAAAGCCCAGCUCCUCUAAUGCCAUCUGUAGGCAUGUCUCUGUGCUUKUCUAAUGGAAAAGGAGGCAGGUCCCCUCUCCAGAUCUUCAGAUGACCUUGAGUGUGGAUUUAGAGGCUCUGCUGCACCAGCAGGAUGGCAGAGCACUGGCACUGAGGCCCAGCUGCGUAGUUAGAUGGCAGCCUGUGUUGACUGGCACCUGGUUGAGUAGUUUUUCUGGUGGCAGGGAAACGCUGGACAGCAGAGGGUGUUUCUGGAUACGGGGGUUUUGUUAUUCACAGCUUGAAGUCCCAAAGCAAAUAGCAAGUACAGGCUGAACUCAGAGGCAGGAGCUCURUACUCAAAAGUGCCUAGGGGUAAGCUUUGGGCUUGUUUCAAGUCCCCUGGAGGCAGAACAUCUGUUUACAUCUUUGCAUAUUUGUAUAGGUAGAAUGAUGGGGUUACRUGUAUUCUUCCCCUGUAUAAGGGCUGUUUUACAAAAGCAUCCUGUCAUUAAAAGUAAAAAAAAAAAAAAUCCUUUCUUUAUUCCCACAAUCCAGUUACUGUACAGAGGAUCUUACCUAAUUGCUUUCAUCCCAUAGGAAAAAAAUGUCUGUCAUACCCUUGUUACAGUAGUUCUCUAGUGUGAAGACACUGUGCUGUCAGAUGGUGUGUGGUAUUUCCUUGAAGUGGUGAUUUUGCUCUGUGCAUACGGAAUGGGGAACAGCGACUCACGGGUGUGACCAGCAGCUUCAGURAGGACAUUGUUCACAGGCAUGUGACCUUUCAGUGUGAGCAGAACUGUGGCUGUUGCACUCGUGAAUUCAGUUCAGUUGUUUGUUCAGUGUUCAUGUUUGUGUACAUGGGGGAAGGUAGCUUUGGGACUGAGAUUGUUUUUUAGUGARUGUCUUAGGUGGUUUCUUCUAAGGGUAACUUGCUAUGUCUUGUCCUUUAUAGAAAUUUUUAAUUUUUAAAAUUAAAAAAAAAAAGUAGUGCUAGUGGUAUUGGGCUGACUGAAAAUGAAAAAAAAUAAUAAUGUGUUGCAUGGAUGAUCCCCCUCUCUUGAUUGGUUUCAUACAUUCCCUUGUAUAUAAGAAUUUGUACAGAAGUGUCUGUCCUAAUUUUGUGCUAUUACUGUACUAUCUCCCUCUCAUUUGCUGGGAAAGCAGGAGAAGCUAAGGAAAAAGGGGAACUGGGAUAUAAUCAGACGUAAAGAGURGAAAGUGGAAUGCAGUGAAACUAUGUGAAUAUGUAUCCAAAGAAAUCUGAUCAUAAAUGUGUGCCAAAAGUGAGGGGAAAAGUGGUGAACAGUUCUUGCUCAUGUUCUUUAUUCCAUCCAGAAAUAAUUSCAAGGCAGAGGAAGCACCAAGUGUUCAAAAGAUAUCCCCAGCUAAAAAAUCAGGUUAAUUAAAAAAAAAAAAAAAGAAAAAA